AUGGUCUCAUUAGUCAAGACAAUUCUCAUUCCUACGAAGACUUGUCCAGGGUGGCCGAAAGCACAGAAUGACCCGCCAUCUGCUGCAAUGAAGGCUCGAUUCGGAGCGAAUGACCCCUCCAAGCUGCAAACUUCUUCGAGACCAGACCAAUCGCUCUUAAAACUUGCCCUUCACAAUCGAAUCUCACCCUCGUCAGCCCAGUCUUAUUCCUCAAGCAUCUCACGACACAAGUCGACGGACACGCAAGUCAUAUCUACAAGUUCCACAGAAAUAGCUGAGGCCUCGGAUGAGCAUGUGGGGAUCCUUAAGCUGCCUCCUCCUAAGGCCUUUCACCUUGGUCUCUUCGAGAUCGGGAAACCCUUGGGCAAAGGAAAGUUCGGACGGGUUUAUCUGGCUCUGCAUCGUCCCUCUGGCUUUGUAUGUGCGCUCAAAACAUUAUACAAGGAUCAGAUUGUACGUGAAGGUGCCGAAAAUCUUGUGCGGCGAGAGAUCGAGGUCCAUGGCAAUCUUCAGCACCCCGGGGUCUUGAAAUUCUACAAUCAUUUUCACGACUCGAAACGUAUAUUCCUGAUUCUGGAGUACGCUGCUGGUGGAGAACUUUACAAAGUCCUACAAAAGGAGAGACGCUUCACAGAACCGAAAGCUGCCAGAUAUCUUGCUCAAGUUGCCGACUCUCUUCGAUACUUGCACAGCAAGCAUGUUAUGCAUCGCGACAUCAAGCCAGAAAAUAUCUUGAUUGGUCUCCAUGGAGAGCUGAAGCUAGCGGACUUUGGAUAUAGUGUCCAUUCUACAAGCAAUCGGCGUCAGACGCUCUGUGGAACGUUGGACUACUUGCCACCAGAGAUGAUAACAUCGGGUAAAAUACAUUAUACCAGCGCAAUUGACCUUUGGACACUUGGAGUGUUGGCUUAUGAGUUUUUGAUGGGAGAAGCGCCAUUUGAAGACAGCCAAGUCAUGACGCAUAGACGUAUUGCGAGAAAUGAGAUGACGCCGAUGUCAGCUUCUUUGUCCCAAGGCGCGAAGGAUUUUGUCCACUCCCUCCUUGUUCUCGACCCUUCCAAGCGUCUUUCUUUGGACGGAGUUUUACAACAUCCCUGGAUUCGGAAACAUUGCGACAACGAAUGA